AGGAGACGGCGCGGGGAGCGUUUAAAGGAGGCAGCUGAAUGACAGCGGCCGCUCCCGCGCCCCCGCCCCGCCGAGCACCGGCCGCCCCCCGCUCGCUCGCUGCUGGCCAUGGACGGGAGAGAGGACGCGGACUGCGAUUUCCAGGCGGCGUUCGCCGAAGCCCGGCGAUGGGUGGAGGCAGUUACUGGGCAAAGCUUUGGAACUGAAGACUUUCGAGCAGCUCUAGAAAAUGGAGUCCUGUUGUGCGAUUUGAUUAACAAGAUCAAACCUGGCAUYGUUAAGAAGAUCAAUCGUCUGCCAACUCCAAUAGCUGGCUUGGAUAAUAUAAAUGUUUUUCUGAAAGCGUGUGAAAACAUUGGACUGAAAGAAGCUCAGCUUUUUCACCCAGGAGAUCUUCAGGAUUUGUCCAAUCGAGUUACAGUCAAACCAGAGGAAACCUACAGAAGAGUGAAAAACGUUUUAAUUACAUUAUACUGGCUUGGGAGAAAAGCUCAAAGUGACCCUCAUUAUAAUGGUCCAUACCUCAAUCUUAAAGCAUUUGAGAAGUUAUUAGGGCAAGCAUUGACUAAGGCACUUGAAGAGUCCAGCCAGCCAAGCAGAAGUGGCAGGGAUAGUGGGUACGGUGAUAUUUGGUACGUUGACCGGGGAGAGCCCUUUUCAUCUUCAGCUACUCAUAAAAGAGACGAUUCCUUUGAUAGCUUGGACUCUCUCGGUUCACGAUCCUGCACAAGCUUUUCAUCAGAUAUAACCUUGAAAGGUGGCAGUGAAGGUUGUGACAGUGACACAGACUCGGAACUGCCUUCCAAAAUGCAUGACUCCCAUAAAGAUGACAGGUCUUACCGUAGGAUUUCUGUGAUUGAACCAAAGCCUACCACUGACUUCAAUCGCUUCUUGCCCAGCAAAAACAAGCAGACAGGAUAUGUGCCAGCACCCUUAAGGAAGAAGAGGACAGAGAAGAAUGAGGACAACAGGAGGAGCUGGGCAAGUCCCGUCUUCACUGAGUCAGAUGGAACGUUUUCAAGUAACCAGAGGAGGCAGAGGCAGUUGGAUACUAAAGAGGAAAACAAACCAAGAGUUAAAAAUCCUUCACAAUUAUCUGGGUAUUUUGAUGAGGACGAGGAAGAAGUAGGCAUCCCAAACAUUGAAAAAGAUGAUUUCUAUUUUCGCAAGCUAAGUUCUUCAGCACCAAAUGCAGUUGUUGCUUUUGACCAAUUUCUUCCUAAGUUUUGGACUCCAGAAGAAGAAUUGCUAUGGAAAAAAAUCAAGAAAUCCUCUUUCAAACCCUGGUAUAAAGAGAUUCAAGGGUUCAGUCAGUUUUCRUUACUUCAGGCCCUGCAAAAAUACACUGACUACAUGUCUUCUGAAAUGGAGACCAGAAUUGAUCCUACUUCUGGCCCUAGGCUCAUAAAAUGUAGAAAGAAUGUUUCCUUUAUACCAGGAUGCAARCAAGGAGAUGAGGAAAAUGGAUAUCUAUAUCCAGAUUUGGAAAAYGAUGACUUGUUCGUUCGGAAAACUGGGGCUUUCCAUGUGAAUCAAGUUGUUCUUCAAGACCCACGAUAUUUUAAAAAAUUCUCUGAGCAGGAGCCUCCUCUAGAGGGUGAGAUAAUUCUGCAACCCCGAGAGGGCCAAACUGUGAUUCCAGAUUUGGAAAAGGAUGACAUGAUUUUUCGUAAAGUCCUCUUUCAGAARAAAGAGGUUCCUUUAUCAGGUGCUCCUGACAAGUAUCACCCAGCACUGUUUCCGGAUCCSUGGAGUCUUCCAGAAGAGAUCCGGUCCAAAUUUCUAUGCUUACUUGAAAAGAACACGACACCAGAGGAAAGGAAGAGCAACGGCAGAGUGCUGUCACCAUCUUUACACCAUAAGAAGGAYGAUAUGCUGACCCGCAAGAUUGAAUCUUGGAAAGUGGGAAGCAACGUCCAGCCAGUAAAUUUUAUCCCAGGUCCCUGCAGUGAAGAAGACUGGAAGAAGUGGGAAGCAAUCAGGGAGGCCAGCAAAGUUAGACACAAGAAACGGCAGAUGGUGGAGAGACUGUUUCAAAAGCUUUCUGAUGAGCAAGGGAGUAAGUCUUUGAAUGAUGUCAGUGCUGAGGAGCUGCAGGCAUUGCGCAAAACCCGUUAUGAAGAGCUGCAAAGGAUAAAAGAACAGUUACAAGAACAAGAUCUAAAGUGGCAAGAAGAUCUAGCAAAAUGGAAGAGUCGUAGAAAGAGUUACACUUCAGAAUUGCAAAAGAAAAAGGAAGAGAGAGAAGAAAUUGAAAGGAGAGCCUCUGAAGCAUCUGAAAGGAAUACCAAGUCACUGAAAGAAAUGCAGCGGGAGAGGGARGAGAGAGAUCAAGACUCCGAUGAGCAGCCGAAACAGGAGCACAGUUGGUCAUAUUCACUGAAUGAUGAUGUGUUCAGUGAAGAAAAAGCACCUUCCACAGGUGCAGCCAAAGAUUGGUCAGCAGCCAAAGAUUAUCGUUUGGAAGAAGAUACUUCCUACGGCACUGAGGACAGCAAAAGUGUGUACACCACACAAGCACCCAAGGAGAACCUGCCCGAGAGCUCGGCUGCUCGAGAAGCUCCUGCGCUGCCGGACAGCCUGGCGGAGCAGCAGGAGCAGCGCCCGGCUCUUUUGUCCAUUCGCUACUCAGUGAAUACUCAAACUGGGUCAGCUCGGGUUUCAGCUUCUCUCCCGAGAACUUACCAGAAAACUGAUACCGCCAGGUUAACAUCUGUGGUUACACCAAGACCUUUUGGUGUCCACUCAAGAGGAAUCUCGUCACUUCCACGGUCGUUCACGAUGGAUGAUGCUCAGAAAUACAACGGAGAAGUAGAAAAAGCAAAAAGAACUCAAACUUUGUUCAGCAGCCUUUCCUUUUCACAACCAGAUUCUGCACACCCUCUCUCCACUGGUGCAUUCAGAAGCAGAGAACCUGUGAGUCCGACAGAGCCUAAGGAUUCGAAAUCCAUGGAACAGUACAGUGAAAUGAGAAUCAGUAUAAACCAGAGACCUGGCCACAGUCGCAGCUUUGGGUUCACAACCAAUUGGAGUUCCUCAGGAGCCAUUGUACAGACUGUGGAAGAAGGCGGCCCUGCAGCACUUUGUCAACUGCAUGUAGAUGAUGAGAUCAUUGCUGUCAACGGCACAAAGGUUUCACAUAUGGACCACAGUCAGUGGGAAGAGGCCAUCAGCAGAGCACUAGAAACUGGAAACCUGGUCAUGGAUGUCAGACGAUAUGGAAAGAACGGUACAUCUGAAAAUAAAUGGAUUGAUGCAACUUCGGGAGAAAAAGUUUCAAAUGUUUCCACUGUAUCUACUAAAAGAGAUUUCUCCAGCAGCCUCCAAAGUUCUGAUACAGAAACAAAAUUGAUAAAUGGAAUGCAAGGAGAUCUUGGCUCWAACGAACAAAGAGCAUCUGAACCUAUUUCUUUGAAAAACUUAAAAAGACGGUCACAGUUUUUUGAACAAGGAGGCCCAGAGUCUGCAAUACCUGAUCUCCCAGUUCCAUCCAUCAGUGCUCCUAGUCGUCGGGUUUGGGAUCAAGAGGAAGAACGAAAACGACAGGAAAAAUGGCAAAAAGAGCAGGACCGUUUAUUGCAGGAGAAAUACCAACGGGAACAAGAGAAACUGAGGGAAGAAUGGUUACGAGCUAAGCAAGAAGCGGAAAAAGAGAGCUCCAAGUAUUUUGAUGAGGAGCAGACCGUUCUAACCCAAAAUACAGCAUCGGUCACUUCUCAGGCUCCACCUUUGUCCAGUUGGAGAGCAAGCCCUGAAGCAAAUAUUCCUGAGGAGCCAGAAAGAGACGGAAGAAACGAGCUGGCAGCAAGCUUGCUGCAUGAGGAAGAAGGAAGAAGGAGGCUUCAGGAGGAACAGAGGAUCCGGGAAGAAGCAGCGUUGCGUUUUGAGCAAGAACGGGAACUCCAAGAGCUGGAGCUGGAGAGACAGCGCAAAGAGAGGGAGCAGCAGUAUGCUGAGGAGCAGAGGCGGCAGGCAGAGAUGGAGGAGCAGAGGCGGCAGGCGGAAAGGCAGAAGGAGGUGUCAGCAGAGGUGCCUCAGUACCAGAGACAUUAUGAGCGCUAUGAAGUGUCUAAAACAAUAGAGGAGCGAGCUGGCCAUCCUCUCGUUGACAGGCAUUAUGAGCGUUACGAAGUUUCUAAAACCAUUGAGGAGCAACCAGGCCAAUCAUUUGCUGACAGGAAUAAGUCAAAGUCAACUACAGAACUGAAUGAAUUCAACACAAUCAGAAAUGGUACCCAGAGCAAGAAUUCAGAGAGGUCCUGGAACGUGRGUGAGUCACAGAAGAAAUCUCAGAAGGAGCAAAACCUGUCUGCAGCAGAGCUGGAGAGACAGCAAAUCCUUCAGGAAAUGAGAAAGAAAACGUCUCUACACACAGACAGCAGCUGGAUUAGGCAGCGCAGUUCCAGUAUACAUAAGGAGCCCGUUAGUCUGUACAGCAGYAUGAGGAGAGGGGAGUCUUUGGACAAYCUCGAUUCUUCAAGAAUGAGCUCAUGGAGGCACCACUCAUGGCUGAACCAGUCUACAUCCUCUUCAUCUCUAUCUUCUAGUCAAGAUUUUGGUCGCCCGGURUCCACUUCAAACCGAGCCUACAUGUGUGCUCCUUCCUCCAGCAAAGCAUCUCCAGUGGCCACCUCUKCCAGAGCGCCCUCCGUGUCCCAGACAGCUCCCCAGGCUCAGCCUCCCAGCUCUGCCUCCCAGUCAGGGUCCCAGACACGCAGCAGGUCAGUCAGUGGGAAGAAAAUCUGUUCAUACUGUAAUAACAUUCUGGGCAAAGGAGCAGCCAUGAUCAUUGAGUCUCUUGGUCUUUGUUAUCAUUUACAUUGCUUUAAGUGCGUUGCCUGUGGAUGCGACCUUGGCGGAUCCCGCUCUGGAGCUGAAGUCAGGAUCCGAAACAACAAACUCUUCUGCAACGACUGCUAUAUCAGAUUUAAAACUGGACAACCAACCUCCAUGUGAAGUAAGUGAAGAUACAAAACCACUGUUGCAGAUACAAGAAGAGGUGAUUGCUGCUGAUGUAGAUCUAUAAAUA